AUGCAGCCAAAGACCUCUUUUCGGCGUGUGCAGCAAUUCACGCCGGAAUACUCUACCUCCGUAUUCACACAGUACGAAUCUACAAGGACUGGAAUGAGGGUCGUUACUAUUGACCGGAAGGGGCCGAAGAUUGAAGGCCACUUUGUGCUGGCGACAGAAAUCCAUGACGACUCUGGUGCACCACACACUCUAGAGCACUUGUGCUUUGAAGGCUCUAGGAACUACAAGUUCAAAGGAGGUCUUUCUAAUCUUGCAAACCGACUAUAUUCUGAGGUGAAUGCAUGGACUUCUGUCGACUGUACUGCUUAUACUAUCGAGACCGCCGGGUGGGAAGGGUUUGCUUUACUAUUGCCGGUUUACUUGGAACAUAUCAUUGUCCCGACGUUAAGUGACGCCAGCUGUUAUACGGAGGUAUAUCAUAUAGAUGGUACCGGCCAUGAUGCAGGAGUUGUGUAUUCUGAGAUGCAAGCAACUCAAAAUGAUAUCAACAACCUUGUUGAUCUUCGCUGCCGUCGGUUACUCUACCCUCAAGGGGUAGGGUUUAGAUACGAGACCCAAGGCAGGAUGGAAAGCUUAAGAUUACUUACCGCGGAUCGAAUAAGGGAAUUCCAUCGAAAACUGUACCAGCCGAAGAAUUUAUGCCUCAUUAUCUCAGGAGACGUUGAUAAUGAGAACCUCCUCUAUGUACUUGAUAAAUUUGAGGAUACAAUUAUGGACGUCAUACCAAGUCCGGAUGAACCUUUUAAUCGGCCCUGGAUAGACUCACUACAGGUUUCACCUCUCGAAGUGACUACAAUAGAGAAGGUUGAGUUCCCAGAGGAAGAUGAAUCGUUCGGUGAGAUUGAUAUUCGCUUUCUAGGCCCUGAUUUUAGGGAUCAGGUUCAAGCUAGUGCCUUACGUGUGGUCCUGCUUUAUCUUGCAGGCUCAUCUGCCUCUCUUCUAAGAAACACGCUUGUAGAAAAAGAGCGGGUUGCCUCGGACAUAUCGUACGAUACAGAAGAGAGACCACGCACGGAGAUCUCCUUCAACAUCUCUAGCGUAGCUACGGAACAAUUAGAAGCGGUUGAGCGCCGGUUUUUUGAGAUACUUAAAGAUGCGAUGGAAAAGGAAAUAGAUCUAAAUUAUAUGCAAGUGUGUAUCCAGCGUCAUCAGCGGACCUGGAAGUUUGUAACGGAAACGUCAUCCACCCCUUUUACUGAAGCAGUAAUAACGGAUUUCCUCUUUGGAGAACGGGAUGGCUCAACUCUAGAGAAAAUUGGGACAUUGGAAGCAUACAAAGUAUUGGAGACAUGGACUGACACAGAAUGGCGCAGUUAUAUCAAGAAGUGGAUCUCUGAUGCGCAUCACGUUUCCAUCUUAGCUGUUCCUUCAGCGAAGCUAGCCACAAAAUUGAUGGAAGAUGAACACAAACGCAUAGAGGAACGAAAGUUUGAACUCGGAACAGAAGGGCUAAAGAGGCUUGCAGAAGCCCUGGAGAAGGCCAAGGCAGAGAACGACCAGGAGACGUCAACCGGACUAUUAUCAAGAGUUGUCAUCCCGGACGUUAACUCAAUCCAUUUCAUUCAAACUACCACGGCAAAGUCAGGGUCCGCUUUGAAAUCAGGACACCCGGACAACAGAAUUCAGAAAUUGAUAGAUUCAGACGGAUCAGAGCUGCCUUUAUUCAUCCAUUUUGAACAUAUACCUAGCAACUUCGUGCAUUUGACCCUGAUGAUCUCAACAACGGAUGUCCCUUGUCAUUUGCUGCCUUUACUAUCAAUAUAUACCAAAUCCUUCUUCAGCCUGCCCAUCAAAAGAGGAGAGGACAUCCUCUCAUUUGAGAAGGUUAUCGUCGAACUCGAGAAAGAUACCGUUGAGUAUUGCAUGUGUCCCAGCGACAGCAAUCCUGAAUCUCUUUCCAUUAUCUUGCGGGCGGAAGUAGACAGAUACCAAGCCAUCAUUAAGUGGCUCAAAGAGCUGAUAUGGAGCUCCAUAUUUGAGGUUGAUAGAUUGGUAGCCAUCACAGCUAAGUUGCUUGCAGGACUCUCAGAAGAAAAGAGGUGUGGAGAGAGUAUGGUAGAAGCUAUCGGGCUGAUGAUACAUCUAGGGAAUAAAUCAAUCUCUAGAGCGCAGACUGCUCUUGUGAAAGCUCAGUAUCUAAGGCGUGUCAAGAAACUGUUAGCUUUCAAACCAGAAGAAAUUGUCUCUAGUAUGGAAGAGAUUAGAAGUGCACUUUUUCGCCCUGAAAACUUCCGGGUUUUGGUUGUUGCAGACAUGGAGAAGCUCACUAACCCCGCCGCUUCGUGGAACACAUUAAUUGGUGACUUGGAUACUUCAAAAGAGCUUGCACCUGUGGCCAAAGUGGCUGAACGACUGUGUGAUGCAGGCAGACACCCAGGCAGACAUGCUUAUGUGGUCCCAAUGAAGACAGUUGAUUCUUCAUUUGCCGAGUCUAGCUCCAGAGGCCUAUGCACUUAUGACGACCCGAAAUUACCUGCUCUGAUGGUUGCCAUUGCUUAUAUGAAUGUUGAAGGAGGCCCUUUGUGGAUUGCCCUUCGAGGCUCUGGCUUAGCAUAUUCUUAUUGUUUGCGAAGCAAUAUUGACAGUGGGCUUGUGCAUUUUAUGGUCCACGAAUCCCCUAAUGCGCACAAGGCUUUUGAAGCAGCAAAGAAAGCCGUUGAGGAUCGCCUAUCUGAGUCAGUAAAAAUAGAUCCGGUGAUGGUACUGGAAGGGGCAAUUAGCUACCUCGUUAGCAGUUUUGCUACCGACAAGCAGACAUAUUAUGAUGCAGCUUAUGACAGCUUUAUCAAAGAUGUGAUCUUCGAUGUGCCAAGCGACUAUAAUGAAGCUCUGUUGAAAAAGAUAAGGGCUGUUGACUUGGACCAAGUGAAGGAGGCCCUACGUGACAUCAUAUUACCGUUGUUUACUCCAGGCAAAGCAGACCUAUUUGUGACGUGUGCUUCAACGCUCGAAGACAUUAUCUAUAAGGGUUUCACUUCAUCCGGCUUCAAGCCAGAAGUGCGGAGUCUUCGUGAUUUUGAGGAUGACUACGGAAUGAAGCUUAUAGACGGUGAUAAUCAAGGAUAUAGUGGUUAUAAAGAGGAUAAAGAAAGCGAAGAUUAUGAUGAACAUGAUGAUGACGAAGAGGAUGAGGACGAAGAGGAUGAUGACGAAGAGGAUGAUGACGAAGAGGAUGAUGACGAAGAGGAUGAUGAUGAAGAGGAUGAAGAUGAUGAGGAAUAA